AAAUUAUUCCUUGUUGAGUUGAUGUAAAUUAUGACCUUUGUUUCCAAUUUGAAUUUUUGGUAUUUUAAAUUUUGAUUGUAGAAGUUUUUAGAGGAAUUAAUUGAAGAAUAUGAAAAUUUGAGCUGGGUAAUUGACUAAUUGCUGAUUGUGGUAUAAAUCAGAUAAAUUGGCGUCUAAAUUAAGCAAAUUGACUAAUUUUGCUGUUUAUGGGAAAAACUGAAGCUGAAAUUGUUGGAAAAUUAUGAACUUUGUUUUUUUUUAAAUUUUUUUUUUGGGGAUUCUAAAAUGUUAAUAAUUGCAUUUGACUUUUUUUAUAUGAUAACUCAUGAUCAAUUACUUUACAGGAGUUGAAUUUGGAGGAAAAGUAAUUCAUUUUGUUUUCUUAUUUUAUGCCUAAACUUUGGAUUCUUUGUUUUUUAAGACAUGAUUACAUAUUUGGGCUAUCAAUUAAUUUAGCUAGAUAGACGAAUCAAUUUAGAGAUAUGUAACAAAAAAAAAAAAAAAAAAAAAAAAAAAAAAAGAAAAAAAAAAGAGGUUUCCUCAAAUUCUUUUGUACUUUUGAUGGUGUUGUGAGAAGUGAUCGUUCUAUUUUAUGACUAUAAUGGACAUAAUCAGACUCGAUCACCUUCUUAAUUAAUGCCUCCAUAAUCUGUGUUGUACUCCUCUGUCAAACUUGCUGUGUUUUUGCCCUUCAUUUGUGCUGAUAAUAGAAGAAAUCAUACAUCAAAUGGUGACAAAUGAUAUCCACAGUGAAUGUUCUAGCUCAACUUCAUGGAGUAGUCAACCUGAUACAGAGGAUGAUAGGAUGAUAGCACUUAUGCUAACUGAAGAAUACUCUCAACUAGAUGGUGCUGUUGCUCGACGUCUCACUAACCUUGCUCCUAUUCCUGUUAUUCCAAGAAUAAAUUCCUUUAUCCCUACCGUGAAUGAUGCCAAUUUGGACCACCAACGGCUUCUCCAGAGACUACAAGUUUAUGGACUCUUUGAAGUCAAAGUCUCCGGUGAUGGAAAUUGUCAGUUUCGUGCACUCUCAGAGCAGAUGUUCAAGUCUCCAGACUAUCAUAAGCUUGUGCGUAAAGAAGUGGUCAAACAGCUAAAGGAGCACAGGUCUCUUUAUGAAAAUUAUGUUCCAAUGAAAUACAAGCACUAUUACAAGAAAAUGGCAAAAAAUGGGGAAUGGGGAGACCAUAUUACUCUUCAGGCAGCAGCUGAUAAGUUUGCUGUGAAGAUAUGCCUCUUGACUUCCUUCAGAGACACAUGCUUUAUUGAAAUUGUUCCCCAGUACCAGGCACCUAAACGAGAUGCUUGGUUGAGUUUUUGGUCAGAGGUUCAUUAUAAUUCAUUAUACGAACUCAGAGCCGCUCCUGUGCCACCCAAGCCAAGGAAGAAGCAUUGGUUGUUUUAGAUCCCUGGUUAUGAUCAAAGUCAAUUGAUUAGAAUUAACUCUUUUGUACAUUGCUUAUACUUCAUGUACACUAACAUAAGAAAAUAUAUUUGAGUUAUUAAG